AUGCCUCUCGUCGAGCCGCCACACCCUGCCACCCUCCCCGCCGCCUCCAUUCCAGACCACGACACCGCGACUGAGCUCCAGUCGACUUAUAACUCGCCCUCUUGCAGCUCGCCUCGUCCACGCUCGCUCUCCCUGUCGGUUGAACAAACAGCCACCACCACAGCCGCCGCCGCCAGCAGUCCUGCUCUCGACGACAUCUCCGACGAUAUGCUGUCAAUACACUCCACCAAGAGCGAGCCCUUUGCGUCUGCCGGCCUUGAGGCUCCGGCUCUCCCCCAAAAGAGCGCUUUACGAGCCUCGCGACUCCUCGCUACGCUGCCGCAAAAGCUCCCCGAAGACCGUACCGUCCUCACACACGCAGCGCCUCACCUGGUAUACCUGUCGUCAGAGGAAGACGGAUCGUCCUCGGCCGACGACCUCUCGGACCUCGACUCGUUCGACUCAGACAGCGAAGAGUCGCUCGACGGCCGCGUGACACACGGCGAGUUUGCUCGCGUAGUCUCCGUCAUCUUCUCUGGCAAACCUUCGGUCAUCAACCUCACCGGCCGCAGCACCUCGCUCACCUCACUCCGCCCCCGCCCCUCGAACGAUGCCGCCCUACGCCCUACCUCGACAGUGCCCUCUCUGGGUCGCAUGCGCUCCAGCUCCUCUUCCACAUCCUCUGCCACCUCUAGCCUUGACCACCCGCCUCGCUCCAGCAGCAUAAUCACUAGUAUAGACAAGCGCCGCCCCAAGUUCCUCCACGUCGACCCGUUUGCGGCUGGCAAGUCUGACAGGGACGACACUGAAAGCCUGAAGACGCCCAAGACACCAACCGCCAUGUUUUCCCGCGCUUUUAACAGCCUGGUCAAGAAGCGCAGCCGCCCUACCCUGAGCAGUGCCCCCCGCGAAAACGAGCUUGUCCACAUGGAGCAGGUUGGCGAGGAGUCAACAGAAGAGCAGGUGGAGGACGAGUCUGCAUCGCCCAAGUCGGGCGGGCCCAGCAAGUACCAUAAUAUCAUGACGACGGCCAAGAAGAAUUCUCAGCAGGUCGCGCCCGCACCUACCACGCCUACAUCACCAAACAGCGCCAAGAAUGGCCUCCGCAGCUUUUCGCUAGGCCGACGAAUGAGCAUCCGCGUAUAA